AGUAUUCAUUCUGCAGGUGUACAGAAAAACAAACUGCCCGAGUUACAAAGAGAAGUUCCUCUUUGGACUCGAAGCCAGCGAGUUCACGAGGCGCUCUCUCACGUUCUACGUGUACUCCAGCGACAAGUACUCCAACACACUCAUUGGAGAAGCGGAGCUCAAGCUCUGUGACGUCACAUCGCGACAACCGGUCACCACGUGGCUUACGUUAACGGAUACGGGUCAGCGAGGCACGCAGUUCGGGGAGCUCAUGUUUUCACUUAGUUAUCUGCCUACGGCCGAGAGACUCACUGUGGUUGUAGUGAAGGCCAGGAACCUUAAGUUUCCCCAAGACAGGGAAUCAGGGGACUCCUUCGUCAAAGUGUACCUUCUGCAACACGGGAAGAAAGUUCACAAAAAGAGGACGUCGGUGAAAAAACGGGAGCGCAGCCCAAUAUUUAAUGAAGCCAUGAUCUUCAGCGUGCCAGUGCACACAUUACAGACAAUCCAGCUGCGUGUGACAGUCGCAGAGAGCACAGGAGAGUCUCGGACGUGUCCUAUAGGACACGUCAUAGUCGGAACCCAGGCGUCAGGAAAAGCGCUGUCGCACUGGAAUCAGAUGCUGUCUUCACUGAGGAAGCCCAUCGCGAUGUGGCAUCCGCUGCGCAAGUGAAGUACAUCCGCGCUUUAACACUCGCCUCCUUCAGACAAUAGCCGCUUACCCAGUUUCGUGACGGGCCACAGAAUGUUCACCCAGGAUUUUAUUCCCACCAGGGGUGUCAGGUUGUUUCCAGGGUCGCAGUUUGGCCGAACUUUCCUGAGUAUAUUUUCAACACUCUGGUUCAAAUAACUAAGCAAAGUGAUUGCAUUCGUAUUUUUCAAAUAACAGACCGUGGAAUAUGGAUGGAAAUUGAUCACAGAAUUUUAAUAGGAUGACAAUAAAACCCCCGCAAAAUACUUGAUGUUUUCAAUGGCGUCACUGUCAUAUAUUUUUUUUAGAAAAUUUGUUGAAAGUCAUCUGCAAAAUUUAGCAGCGAGCUGCCUGACAAAUUGAAUGCCUUAUAUCAUUUAAUGUACAAUGAGAAAUUAAAACAUGUAUGUGUUUACAAAUUGUUACAAUCACUUAAUAUCUUGCAGGAACAAAAUUUCCAUAUGAAGA